CGCUUUAAGGUUAGGUUGCGCUCAUCAAAGCUCGUCGUCUGCAGUUGAAUUUUCGGCUACAGGAGGAAGGAAAAUAUUGCUUAAAAUCGACUUUUACACUUUUACGAAUAAUCUGAUAUACUUGGAUUUUUUACCUCACGCCUUUUUCACAGAGACGGCUUCUCGCUCAAAGGGCAAGCCGGGACAGUGAGUCGUUUAGCGGCCCAUGCAGUCAUAACGAGUUCGUGGUCCAGCAUCAGAUCACUGGAGGAGGUAACACUUUUUUCCCUUUCCUCUCCUGUUUCCCAAGCAUCUCUGACCCCUACUUCUUAUAAUUAGCCCAGAGACCCACUUUUUAAAGGUCUGUUUGGAACGUGGGUUUGUUCCUACACUUUCACCAAACCUCCAUCUGUCUCUAAAUCCACCUGCCCAGUAGGGGGCUGACCACUCAUUGGACACCCCAAAACAUGUCCUCCAUCUUGCCUUUCACCCCGCCUGUGGUAAAGCGUCUUCUGGGCUGGAAGAAGUCAGCCAGUGGGUCGAGUGGAGCAGGAGGGGGAGGAGAACAGAAUGGCCAGGAGGAGAAAUGGUGCGAGAAGGCUGUCAAAAGUCUGGUGAAGAAGCUCAAGAAAACAGGUCAACUGGAUGAGCUGGAGAAAGCCAUCACAACACAGAACUGCAACACCAAGUGUGUCACUAUCCCCAGCAAUUGCUCUGAAAUUUGGGGACUGAGUACACCAAAUACGAUAGAACAGUGGGAUACCUCAGGCCUUUACAGCUACCCUGACCAAACCAGAUCUCUGGAUGGGCGUCUGCAGGUGUCUCACCGUAAAGGUCUGCCUCAUGUCAUUUACUGCCGUCUGUGGCGAUGGCCCGACCUGCACAGCCACCACGAGCUGCGUGCCAUCGAAACCUGCGAGUAUGCCUUCAACCUCAAGAAGGAUGAAGUCUGCGUUAAUCCCUACCACUACCAACGGGUGGAGACACCGGUCCUUCCUCCAGUCCUUGUGCCAAGACACACGGAGAUCCUGACCGAGUUGCCACCUCUUGACGACUACACCAACUCCAUACCUGAAAACACCAACUUCCCGACGGGCAUCGAGCCCCCUAACAACUACAUACCAGAAACCCCCCCGCCGGGAUACAUCAGUGAGGAUGGGGAAGCCAGCGACCAGCAGAUGAAUCAAAGUAUGGACACAGGUUCUCCUGCAGAACUUUCUCCGAGUACACUUUCACCGGUUAAUCAUGGCAUGGACCUGCAGCCUGUGACUUAUUCAGAGCCUGCGUUCUGGUGCUCCAUAGCUUACUAUGAGCUGAACCAGCGUGUCGGGGAAACAUUUCACGCCUCUCAGCCUUCCCUCACCGUGGACGGCUUCACAGACCCCUCAAACUCUGAACGCUUCUGCCUUGGGCUGCUGUCCAACGUCAACCGCAAUGCAACUGUGGAGAUGACGCGCAGACACAUAGGACGAGGGGUCCGGCUGUAUUACAUUGGUGGGGAAGUGUUUGCCGAAUGUCUUAGCGACAGUGCCAUUUUCGUUCAAAGCCCUAACUGUAAUCAGAGGUAUGGCUGGCACCCUGCCACAGUCUGUAAAAUCCCCCCAGGCUGUAACCUGAAGAUCUUUAAUAACCAGGAGUUUGCUGCACUACUGGCCCAGUCUGUGAACCAAGGCUUUGAGGCUGUAUAUCAGUUGACCAGGAUGUGCACUAUUCGCAUGAGUUUUGUCAAAGGCUGGGGAGCUGAAUACAGACGGCAGACAGUGACGAGCACACCCUGCUGGAUCGAACUGCACCUGAACGGUCCGCUGCAGUGGCUGGAUAAGGUUCUGACCCAGAUGGGGUCGCCCUCUGUACGCUGUUCCAGUAUGUCCUAAUCGCCUUGAUGAAUCUCUUUCCCUUGCCCCCAUCAAAACAACUGACUCUACAAUCACAUCAACCAACAACUCGGAGAACAACAGACUUUCUAUAAUCCCCCUUUCUCUUUCAUAGUAUUUGUGACCCUUUAUCUAUCUCUAAAUCCCCCCGAACCCCGAUGAUCUUGCUCUUCAGACCUGAACAUGGCACUUGCUGUCACAUCAGCUUUAUGCACCUUUAAUUCUCUCUUUUCUUUCAUAAACCCUCAAUAUUAAAUGUAUUAGUAGUAGAAUUUGAAAUUUCUAUUGUUAGUUUUUUUGGUUUUGAAAAGGAGGGAAGGCAGGUAUUUUGUGUGAAAGUUCAAGAAGGCAGUAAAUAACUUCACACAUAUGUAGCAGUAAAGCUCUUCUCCCCCUGAUGAAGUGAAUACUCGUAAUGCUCAGCUUGUAAGGGGGAAUCUUUUUGGGUAAUCAAUCUGGUUGUUUAAGAAAGAGACUUUGUCUGGCAAAAAGUUGCAUCCUUUGUUUUACGUCAAAUAAUUGACAGUUUAGCACAUUAUGACUCGAUCAUGGUUUUUGACUUAAAUUUCUGAAACGAAUGCCAAAUUAAACCUUUGUUUAUCUGUUCAAUUGCCCCAAACCACUACUUAAGAAUGUUGCAUUGAUUUGAGGUAUGCUGCUGUUAGACAUGCUUAGGAAUGUUUUGCAAGUGACACAAGCCAAAAAACAAAGUUCAAUUUUAACCCUCCUCCUGUGCGGUAUCCUUCCCUAUUAACUUUUUAUUCAACUGGUUAAAUAUUCACUAGUUAGCUGCAGUUUAGGAGUCGGGUUUCUUGCAACAGAAUCGUUUCUUUUAAGGACGAACAAAGACUUUUAAAGGUUAUUAAAACAGUCCAAAUCUUUCAAAAAAUAAAAGACAAAAAAAGUGAAUCCAAGUAUUUAAGCUGUAAGUGUUAAUAAACUAGGUUAUCCUUCAAGAUUUUGUUCCCUUUUAUCUUUCUUUUAGCUACUUUUUUGUAUUUUCAUGUAUUUUUAUAUAUAAAUAUAUUUAAGAUCUUUAAAGCUCUCUUCCUUUUUAUUAGAAUUAAAUAUUUUUUUAGAUCAUGCCCUCUUUUUAAAGGAACAUGACUUCAUAAUAAAAUGUCCUAUCAAAAUGGUUAUUUAGCAUGACGUUUUUUACAAGCGUACCUUUCUUUUCGGUUUACAAUUCAAGCCGCUGUCCCGGUUAACCUGAUGGUAAAAACACCAAUUGUCCUAAAAUGUUUUUUCUUUUUAGGUGCUUCUCCCACAUUUACUUGCCAAAAAACUGCUUAACAGAAUUCUUUGCUGCCCUGGAGCAUAUGGUUAUCUUAAGGGGAAAUUCAGCCUGCUGUUGAAUGCUACAAAAACAUUGAAAUGUUCUGUUUGUUUUGCAACUGGGGAAAAGACUUUGGAUCAGGUUGCUGCUUUUUUUAUACAAGGAUAACUGUUCAACUUAAGUAUGUGUGAUCAUUGUACAACUUUUACUUAUGAAUGAUAUAGCUGUCUGUUAUUUACUUGUUGUGGCAGUGACAAAGGCGUAUCAAAUAACCAUUCCCCUCUUUCCCACCAGUUGUCAUAUUUUCCUUCAUUGAUCUUUCUACUCUAGCGAUUGUACUUUUAAGUGCAUCUAGUAAAAUCUUAUGAAGAUGUUGUGGCCCACUUUUUUUAAACCCGAAGCAGCAGCCAUACAACACUGGGAGCGUUCUGCUGGCAUCUUAGACUGGGUGUGGAAAGAAAAGCAAAUGGAACUUAAAGUGGACCAGAAGUAUAUGCAUAUACAUAUGAUUUACUUUUCUUUUUUGUUGCAAAGCAUUUAACAGUUGGUGAGCUUGUUUUACCAUUAGAGAGAUGUGUUGGUAGUAUGUGAACUUCAGGAGAUAAGCUUUCAGGCGUGUUGCAUAUGCAGACUUCAUAAAUACACUAAUAAAAAGUUUUAAUUCUCA